CCAUAGCAAGGCGUGUUCAAGAUCCAUUAGCUGAGCUAGUGAAAUUGAGCCGAAGCACAUUGGAGUCCGGAAUGUACCAGCACGAUGUAUCCCAGACUUUACUCAAGGCAACCCUGGACAGCAUUGUGGAAGAAUGUGUCAGCUUUGUGGGAGUGGAUAUCAACAUCUGUUCCGAGGUUCUGUUGCGGCAUAUUGCAGGACUUAAUGCCAACAGAGCCAAAAAUAUUAUUGAGUGGCGAGAGAAGAAUGGCCCUUUCAUCAGCCGAGAACAGUUGAAGAACGUAAAAGGGCUUGGUCCAAAAUCCUUCCAGCAGUGUGCUGGCUUCAUCAGAAUCAACCAGGACUACAUCCGGACAUUCUGCAGUAGUGGGCCCACUGACUCUUCAGGCCAGAACCACCAGGGAGCUGCUGUGCUCACUGGUGAGAAGCUGGGCAAAAAGAAGACCAAAGCAGAUGUCACCCUCACACCGAACCCACUGGACCAGACUUGCAUCCAUCCGGAAUCCUAUGACAUAGCAGUCAGGUUUUUGUCAUUCAUUGGUGGGACACUGCAUGAGAUUGGAAAGCCUGAAAUGCAACAAAAAAUAAAUUCAUCUCUUGGAAAAGAAAGUAUCGAGAAGAUUGCAGAGAGGUUACAGACAACGGCACACACCUUACAGGUCAUCAUGGACGGUCUGAGCCAGCCCGAAAGCUUUGACUUCCGAACAGAUUUUGAUAAACCGGACUUCAAGAGAAACAUAGUGUGUCUGGAAGAUCUGCAGGUUGGAACAGUUCUUACAGGCAAAGUCGAGAAUGCCACUCUGUUUGGGGUUUUUGUGGAUAUAGGAGUGGGGAAGUUGGGUCUGAUUCCUAUACGAAGCAUAACAGAAGCAAAGCUAUCUAAAACAAAGAAGAGAAGGAGCCUGGGCCUAGGUCCUGGAGAGAAAGUGGAGGUGAAAGUCCUCAGCAUCGACAUCCCCAGAUCUAGAAUUUCGCUGGAUCUCCUUCGGGUGUUGUGAGUCCCCCACUGAAGGCCAAGCACCAUUGUGUUUCCUCAUUUCUGCAGCUUUCAAGGACAAGCCAAAGCUCAGGAAACCUAGACAGCAGAUGAGAGGGAAUCCUGGGUAGAAGUGUUGGUCACGCCAUCCUGACUCCUCGUUUAGGAAACCACUGCUAAUGGCCCCAUGGCGUUGGGCGGCAGCAGUUUUCCUACCUUUUGUAAUUGCUCGUUGACUGCUCUUCUGUAGCAGCUGGCUUCACUUCUCCCUGCCAGCAUCUGCUUUCCUGGACCUGGGCGGGUUGUUUCCUUUAUCUGAAAUGCUCGAUGUUGGUUGACAUAUUAGGACUAGCAAUCGUUAAUCCUGCCAUUUUUUUAGUUGAUAAUUAGGACUUUUGCACACAAUUCAUAAUUUUUUAAUAAUAAUCUUUAUUUUCCCUUACCAAACUGAGCAAAAAUAUGCCAGUAAAAGAAAUUAUCAUGUAUUUAUGACCAUCAAGUCAAUGACAGUGUGUUCUUCAGAAGAACAUGUGUAUGGCCCUACAAUAAAUGACUGGCUGGUGA